ACGCCAGCGUCGACGUCGGAGUCGAAGUCAUUUGUGCGGCUACGGUUAUAGCAGCCACAUCGGAGUUCGUCCCCCAAUCGCAGACCAUACGCUCCACGGGCACCAUUGAGCAAGGUUUCGGCACACACGACGCGUCAUCUUUUUAACAAAAACAAACAAAACAAAAGUCAUAUGUACGUACAUAAUUAAAUAUGUAUGUAUGUAUGUAGCACCCAUAAACCUCUCGUAUGUGCAUUUGUGAGUGGCUCCUAUCGCUCCUGCCCGAAAUUAUCAAUAUAUGUAUGUAUUGUAUCAACUAAAUCAACCAAAAAAGGAGGAACAUGAACUGACGUGAAGCCGUAUAAGACUGUUGUCCCAUCGAACAUUAUCAUCGAACCAGCUUGUCACAAACGCCGCCGAUAGGAGGAGAAGGAGAAGAAUAAAUCGCAGCAACGAUCCCCCACCCAAUAUACAGUCACAUCAUCCAUCCAAUGAGCAACACAAUGACAACCGCCCACGAGCCGACCAUCCACUACCUGGACAGCGUUCUCAACGAGGAGGAGAAGCGGUGCGAGUAUAGCCAUCAGUGGCGCAACUUUACGAUCUCUCGCUCCGGCCGCUUCAGGUCAAAGAACAAGAAGCGGGACGUGGUCGAUGGCAAGCUGUUUGACGCAAACAGUGGCGGAGCGUCCACGAAGGAAAAUGAAAAGAUCUCAUCGCGCACUUCAUCCAGCGCAUUACCCAAGUCUUCAGCCACACCCACAACAGGAUCCUUCGGCACCCCUACGGUCGCAGUCAGCUCUGCUCGAAGUCAACGCGACAAAGUUGAGAGUUAUAAAAGUUUCUACGAGACGAAUUUAUAGAUAGUGGAAACAUGUUUUUCAGUUUAAUUUCUAUAUUCCCCACGCACUUAUAUACAUAUAACAGUGCAUAACGCUUUAUUAUAUAAAAUUGAGAUGGUGAGAGAGAGAGCGAAUGAGGGUUUAUAGCAGGAUUUGGGGAUGGGGACUACAACGCAAUGCACAUUGCGCCAGUGAUGACAGCGGUAUAAUUUCUGCGCGGGCUGCUUGAUUAGGUUUGUUUUAGUAUUUAAUAAAGCAUGCUGAGAGGUUUACAUAUAUUCAUAUAUUCAACAUAAUACAUACAUAUAUACAAUAUGUAUAAUAUACACGCUUUCUCUCUCUGCACUUGGAUCGAUUGUACGUACUUAUGUAAAAUUAUUAUCUGCUGCUUGCUUAGAUUGUAAAAGUAUUAAAACGUGAUAAUUGCACUAAAUUAUAGACUAUCUUUAAGUUUAUAGCUAUAUAAUUGUAUUGUAUUGUACGUCUUACAGUUAGUCAGAAGCAGUACAUUUGAGUCUAGCCAAUAAAGCACA